AAAUAUGAAAAUAACAUAGUGAUGGAUGUUUCCACUUCUGAUGGGAGCUCUCCUCUACAGUAUCAACUUUAUGGCAAUGGAAAGAUUGGAGUUGAUGUGCCUCCAGGAGGAAGUCAAAAUCAGCUUCUUGAGAGACAGAAAGCUCAUGUUCAGCAAUUUUUGGCUACCGAAGAUGCAUUAAACAAGGCUGCUGAGGCAAAGGACUUGUCCGAGAAACUUAUGAAACGUCUGUAUGGUGGCACUGAUGUUCCAUCACGCUCAAUUGGUAUUGGAAGCACGUCUCAGAAUGUUGGAAGUCUUAGGCAACUUGAGCUUGAUGUUUGGGCCAAGGAAAGAGAAGUUGCUGGUUUAAAGGCAAGCCUAAAUACCCUGAUGUCUGAAAUACAACGCCUGAAUAAGUUGUGCGCUGAGAGGAAGGAAGCUGAAGAUUCUCUGAAAAAAAAGUGGAAAAAGAUCGAAGAGUUUGAUGCUCGAAGAUCAGAACUUGAGACCAUAUAUACAGCAUUACUUAACGCAAAUAAGGAUGCUGCAUUGUUUUGGGGUCAGCAACCAUUAACUGCUAGGGAGUAUGCUGCAAGCACUAUAAUUCCAGCAUGUGCUGUUGUUGUUGAGACUUCAAAUAGUGCAAAAGAUCUUAUUGAGAAGGAAGUGUCUACCUUUUGUCGGUGUCCUGAUAAUAGCCUCUACAUGCUUCCUUCUUCCCCACAGGUUUAUAAUGUUUCAACAGAAAUUUUUUCCCCCACUUGUUGGUUGAUGCAUGGUAAUUUGAUAGAUGGAGUUUCUUUUUGAUGUCCCAUCUCGACAUUUUGGUAUUCAAAGUUCUGAGUUCAUUGAAGUUUAAAACAAGGAACAUGAAUAAAUAAAAUCAAGAAAGCAACAAGAGUGAUCAGAUACACCUAACUUUUCUUAACACCUUUAGGAACAUGACUCACUUAAAGAUAUGUUCAUUAUUCAGAUAGGCUAAACUAGUUGAGGGGUAAUUUUUAGGGUGGCCAUACUAGAAGAGAUAGAAUUAGGUAUGAGUGCACCUGAAAACACUUGCGGUUGCCCCUAUUGUUGAGUAGAUAGUGGAAUCUCAGCUUGUAGAUUCCUCUGUUGAACAAAGGAAACCGAUAGAGGCCCUGGUAAGGAGAGUGAACCAGAUAGAUGAGAAUAAAAAAUUAGAUGUAAAGGAAGACCUAGAAAAACUGUAAGUUGAAUUAUUAAA